CUGAAGGGCCGGAGGAGCCUGGAUAACGAUGGGAUUUCUGCAGUGCGAAUGAAUAAACCAAUGGUGCAAUGGCAAUGCUUUUAGCCUAAUGGUCAUUUGAUAGGUGCACGGUAAAAAUGUCAGAGGAAUACCUAACUCGUAGUCUUACAUCAUGCCCAAAGCAAGAGGAACGCAUAAAUGCACCCAGUGCUCCUACAGAAGCGAACGCCCACAUGACCUCAAAAGACAUAUCUCUAGACUACAUGGGGAGGGACAGAGUGAUCGUGAAUCAAGGCCAGAGAGGACAACUCCCAUUCGUAAAUGCUCGGUGCGACUAAAAGGCAUUGUUACGCCAGUGCCUGGAAAUAAAGGACAACAGAGAGCUCUGAGGAAACGAGGCGUCACUAGCUACAUUGUGUCUUCUGACAGCGACUCAUCAGAGUCCCUACCAGACAUCUCCAGGGGUCAUCUGUCAGGGGUCAAUAACGGCUUUGUUUAUCAGCUAAAGAAGAAGGAGCCAAAUGUAGAUGAGGAGGAGGUUGAAAGCAAUAGCUCAAAGGAUGUGAAGGAUGCAAAGAAGUGCAAUGGAUCUUUGGCCCACAGUUCACUCAAUGAAGAAAUGCCAGAAGAUGCAAGCCCAACUGUAGAAUCGGUGAUCUGCACGGCAUGCUGCAAUCAAAUCAACCCGUUCGAGAAAAACGCCUUCUUCGGUCACCCAGUUCUGAAUGUGGUAUUCUGUAAGGGAUGUUUGGAAUUGUACAACAGCUGUCCCUGGAAGGAAGAUGAAGAUGGCAUUGAGGAGGACUGUCGUUGGUGUGGGCAAGGCGGUUCCCUAUCCGUGUGUGACUUCUGCUGCAUGACAUUCUGCAGGCGUUGCAUCAUGUGCAACCUGGGAAUAGUCGAAUUGGAUCGUACGUUUUCAAAGGAGAAGUGGAAGUGCUAUAGGUGUGAGCCUGCACCCCUUAAAGAACUGGUUGCCAAGUGCAAUGCUCUUUAUUUACGGUGUGUAGUGGAAAUGGAACUGAAGAGGCAUGGAACAACUAGCGAUGAUGUUUCUGUGAAUGAACCUGAUGCCCAAGAUAAGCCUGAAGAAGGCGAAGGAAAGAGGAUUGGGAAGAAAUAUGAGGAAAAGGAUGAUGUUGAGAAGGAGUCUGAAUCAGAAGAAAAUCUACACAAGAGAGCAAAGAAGGUCAGAAAAUCUGCAGAGGUGGACCCCACAAGCAGGGAUUGGCCUCUUAGUUUCGACUCGUCUUCCGGUGAAGAGUCUGUUGCUGACAGUGACAGCUGUUCUGGGUCAAAAAGGGAGAGUCGCAACAGGAAAAGCAAAAAGAUUGACACUGAUGAUGACCUUGCAGCUUCGGAAUCAGACGAUGUCUCAUAUGAGAAGCCGAAGCGAAAAAGAGUGACGAGAUCCAAGACUGCGUCAUCAAGUGAAGAAUCGUCCGUUGAACUGAAGAAACCCAAGAAGAGGGGGGCAAGGAGGGAGAAAUCAUGUCCUUUGUUGCUCAUCGAGAUCUCCACAUCCAGUGAGGACGAGGAAGAUGAGGACACAUCAAAGAAAAAGAAAGGCAAGAAGGCCACAAAAAAGAGCCGUAAAAAGAUUGACACUGAUGAUGACUUUGUAGCUUCGGAAUCGGACGAUGUCUCGUAUGAGAAGCCGAAGCGAAAACGUGGGGGACGAGGCAAAGGAAAGAAGUGGAGGAGGAUAAAUGAAGAUACGAGGAGAAGAUACAACACUGCGUCCUCAAGUGAAGAAUCGUCAGUGGAACUGAAAAAACCCAAGAAGAGGAGGGCCAGGAAGGAGGAACUUGGCACCAGUUCGGAUGCAGACUCCGGUCAAGAAACCAAGUCAAAAAAACGUGGGGAACGAGGCAAAGGAGAGAAGUGGAGGAGGAUAAAUGAAGUUUCUGAUUCAGAAUCUGAAGAAGACAUUGAUGAUGACUUAACAUCAUCGGAAUCGGACAAUGUAUCAAAUGAGACGCCGAGGCAAAAACGAGCGAUGAGAUCUGAGACUUCAUCCUUAAAGGGCAAAUCCACUCCAAAAAUACCUUACUUUCCAUAGAAGCAGAAAAAUCA